UGAGAGGAGAGACGCACAUUGUACUUUGUGCUGGAGAAAAAGGGGAAGCGCGCCGCUCCUCUCCAUCACGUUUCACUUUUCAAACACUGACAGGGAAACAAAGGAGUCAGGAUGUAAGAAAAAAAAAAAAAAAAAAAAAAUCCGUCAGAGGACGUCCACGAAUCCCGCUGCAGACCGUUUCCUCUGAGUCUUGUGGUCCCACACACUCGUUCAUCCUGCUCCAUCAGCCGCGUUUUGGCGCUCUGCUCGGUGCCGGAGUCUGCCCACCGACCGACCGACAAGGAGAGGAGAGGAGAGGUGCUGCUCGCUGCUUCAUCCCGCUGGAUGGAUCCUCUCACUUGUUAACUGAGGACUCGAUCUUUAGGGAAACUCUGAUUCUGUUUGGAAGAGUUGGGAUUUUGUUCCCCCCUCCACUUUUACCGAUGUCAGUUGAUUUUGUGGAGAGUCGGCUCUGAAGGUGAGGAGGACUACUUUGAAGACUUCACGAUGGCGGCAGGAGUAGCAGCGUGGCUCCCUUUUGCCAGGGCAGCAGCCAUCGGCUGGAUGCCCGUCGCCAACUGCCCCAUGCCUGUUGCCCCGAAGGACAACAGUAAGAGACAGGACGAACUGAUCAUCCUCAAUGUUAGCGGCCGUCGCUUUCAGACCUGGAGAACCACUCUGGACCGCUACCCCGACACCCUGCUGGGCAGCUCUGAAAAAGACUUCUUUUACAAUGAGGAAAUCAAGGAGUACUUCUUUGACCGGGACCCUGAUGCCUUCAGAAGCAUCCUCAACUUCUACCGGACAGGGAAGCUCCACUACCCCCGCCACGAGUGCAUCUCAGCCUACGAUGAAGAGUUGACCUUCUUCGGCAUCAUACCCGAGAUCAUCGGCGACUGCUGCUAUGAAGAGUACAAGGACAGGAAGAGGGAGAAUAUAGAGCGACUGCAGGAUGAUCAGGAGGAGAACAAGGACAUGAAGCUGCCCAACAUGAACUUCAGGGAGACCAUGUGGCGGGCCUUUGAGAACCCCCACACCUCCACCAUGGCCCUGGUCUUCUACUAUGUCACUGGAUUCUUCAUCGCCAUCUCGGUCAUCACUAAUGUGGUGGAGACGGUGCCCUGUGGUUCCACUGCCAACCAGAAAGACAUGCCGUGUGGUGAACGCUACACUGUGGCGUUCUUCUGCAUGGACACCGCCUGCGUCAUGAUAUUCACAGUGGAGUACCUAUUGCGCCUGUUUGCCGCGCCUAGCCGCUACCGUUUCAUGCGCUCGGUGAUGAGCAUCAUUGACGUGGUGGCCAUCUUGCCGUACUACAUCGGCCUGGUGAUGACCAACAACGAGGACGUGAGCGGCGCCUUCGUGACACUGCGCGUGUUUCGAGUGUUCCGCAUCUUCAAGUUCUCCCGCCACUCGCAGGGCCUGCGGAUCCUGGGUUAUACACUCAAGAGUUGUGCUUCAGAGCUGGGCUUUCUCCUCUUCUCACUCACCAUGGCCAUCAUCAUCUUCGCCACGGUCAUGUUCUACGCAGAGAAGGGCUCCAGCUCCAGCAAGUUCACCAGCAUCCCAGCCUCCUUCUGGUACACUAUUGUCACCAUGACGACGUUGGGGUAUGGAGACAUGGUGCCAAAGACGAUCGCCGGGAAGAUCUUCGGCUCCAUCUGCUCCCUAAGCGGCGUGCUGGUGAUCGCUCUGCCCGUCCCCGUUAUCGUCUCCAACUUCAGUCGCAUCUACCACCAGAACCAGAGAGCGGACAAACGGCGGGCUCAGAAGGUAAAAAAAGCCAGACUGGCCAGGAUAAGAAUAUCCAAGUCCGGCAGCGCCAACGCCUUCCUCCAGAGCAAACGCAACGGACUGCUCAACGAGCUGCUGGAGCUGACGACAUCAACCAACUUUCUACUUUAUAAAGAUACAGAAGAGGAUGAGCAGAAGCUGACUAAGUCCACCUCUCUGUUAGAGAGUCAACACCACCACCUACUGCACUGUCUGGAGAAAACCACUGCUCAUGAGUUUGUUGACGAGCAGAUGUUCGAGCAGAACUGUUUAGAGACGGCGCUGCAGACCUACCCGUCACGCAGCCCCUCUAUAUCCAGCCACGACAGCUCUGUGGGUACCUGCUGUGGCCGCAGGGUGAAGAGAAACACUCCUCUGCCCAACGCCAGCCUGCCCUCCACCCACCCCUUCCCAACACACCAGAGCCCCCUGCAGGAGCUCAGUGCCAUCCACAUACAGUGUGGUGACCCACCGUCACACACCGCCAGUCGUUCCAACCUCAACCUGAAAACUGAUGAAAGCGGCAGAAUCAAUUGCAAAAGCAGCCGAAUCACCACAGCGAUCAUCAGCCUGCCUUCACCCCCCGCUCUGACCCCUGAUGCCGAUGGCCUCCGCGGACCCCUACAGAGGAGGCCGCCCCCACCGCCGGGUCACCCAGCAGCACCGAGCAUCCAGACCACAACAAGCUCAGCUGGCACCAACAUCGUCAAAGUCUCUGCUCUGUGACUCUCCGGCUGACGGAGGUAUCUCAGCUCAGCAGGAGGAAAGCAACCAGGAAGAAGAAGAGGAGGAGGAGGAG